AUGAGACGAAAACAUCAACAGGGUUGGCACACGAAGAGUGCUGUUGCCAGCGAAAAACAAGUCGAGAAUGAGGGAUGUGGAUGCACCACUUGGAUCGCAGAGCGACGAGGCGGACAGACGCACUCGCACACGUGCCGAAGAGCUACGACUCAAACAAAACUGCAACACACAUCGGAACGAGGAACGACACCACGACGGCGGCGUCGACGGCGGCGGCGGCCGCCGCCGCCGCUGCGUCAACGAGUGCGAUGCGAACAUUUGGGGGGAAAAAACCACGUAGCGAUUUUGCUUGCCCUUUUAUGCGUCAUCGCUCAUUUCUUCACGGGAUGUACCGCAAUUGUGGAUGUUGUUGUUGUUGAUGAUGAUAAUGAUGAUGAUUACGAUGAUGAUGAUGAGGAGGAGGAUGAUGACGACGAUGGUGGUGGUGGUGGUGGCGAAGGCGGCGGCGAUGUGAUGGUGGCCGCCGGCUGA